GCAUCGGCCAAAGGGAAACAGCAUCCACAGCCUGUUGGCGUGGGGAACGAAGCGUUGCUCGCUAUGGUGGCGGGCAACGGGAUAUCGGAGGGCGGACGGAGGAGCCGCAUCAGCUACUCGCGGCCCUGCGUCGACGGCGUACCCGCUGCCCAACUGCAGGCUGUGAAAAGGGGAUCGUCGGGUCGAGCGAGUCCGCGCACCCGAUGAAGGCUGUUGGCCGGUGCGCUGACGCUAAAUGAGGAAUGCGGCGCCGCUGCUAUGGAGGAUCGGCGCUCCGCUGCUGCUGAUGCUGGCAGCAAUGACGCUACUGGUAUAUGGCGCCGAGGAGGCACAGCCUCUAGGUGCAGAGUGCUCCGGGGCGUUCGAGUGCCAGAACCCUGAAAUGGUGCACUGCAUAGAUGGUGUCUGCGCUUGCCGCUACGGCCACCACAGUCCGUACCUCUGCAAGGAAGCACCGGUGACGCACAGGCCUACCAAGGAGGGGGACAACGGAUGGUCAGCAGAGCGGGAGUGCCAAACCGACCAUCAAUGCCACCGCGGUUACUGCUGGCAUGGCAUCUGCUCCUGCAAAGAUGGCUUCGUCAAGGAGCGGAGCUUCUCUGGAAGUUGGAGCUGCGUUCACAGGACAUCAUCUUUUGGAUUCGGAAUCCUUGCGGUGAUCCCCGUCACAGUGGUGGUCCUCUGCCUGUUCGCCUGUUGUGUACAAGUUGCCCUGCGGAAACAACAACAGGUGCCCUUCAACGCCGCUGCAGCAGCACAGCCCGAGCUUGCACGGGACGACGCUGGCGCGCCAAGUGGAGCGAGCAAUAUCUACCGACAGAGACGAUAUUUUCCGCACUACGUAGAAAGUCCUCAGUUCCAAGCCGGGCAACAGGCCUUGGCAGCGCCGACUGUGUCCAUAGAAGUGAAGCCAAUCGAAGCCGAGGAAAGUGCUCCAGACAUCGGGGAAGCCGGGAGCUCUACAAAAUGCUAAUCACCGCGGACCGGACAAUGACGCAAGCAGCUCCUGUGCCAGGAAAGCAUCAUGCUUUUCUGCUCUCAUGAGCGGAAAGGGAAAUGCGACACUGCUUCUGCUCGCUAGCAGGAGUUCGAAAAAUGCGUAGGUCGUCGAGAAGCGAGGCGACUAAAUCUGCUUUGACAGCAAACAACGAGGAUUAAAUGUGCUGAAGUCUGCUCGUUGUGACAUUUGGGGUAUAAAAGUCAUCUGAAAGGUGCACGGACUCUGUC